AUGGCUGCUCCCCGCCUUCCGCCCCCCUCCUUCGCGCCCCCGCCCAGCGUCAGACCGCGGGCUCUUGCUCAACUAUCAGCGUCGUCUUCGACGGCCGCCGUCAAGUCGACGAGGAUUAAGAGGGAGGUCGUGGCGGUUACCACGCCUCCGGCGCCUGCAGCGAGGGCGACGUCGUUGUCCGAGGCGUGGCGAGAGAUCCAGGGGGAGGGCGACUGGGUCGGGAUGGUGGAGCCGCUGAGUCCGCUCCUCCGCCACGAGAUCGUCCGUUACGGCGAGCUGGUGGCGGCGUGUUACAGAGGCUUCGACCUCGACCCGGCGUCCGCCCGCUACCUCAACUGCAUGUACGGCAAGCGGAGUCUGCUCCGCGAGGUGGGCCUGCCCGAAUCCGGCUACGUCGUCACCCGUUACGUGUACGCCACCCCGGCGGCCACCGGCUGCAGCCGGUGGAUCGGGUACGUGGCGGUCGCCUCGGACCAAGCGGUCCGCCGUCUCGGCCGCCGCGACGUGCUGGUGUGCUUCCGCGGGACGGUCACCCACGCGGAGUGGCUCGCCAACUUGAUGAGUGCGCUGGAGUCUGCCCGGCUCGACCCGACCGAGCCGCGGCCGGAGGUCCGGGUCGAGUCCGGGUUCCUGAGCCUCUACACGUCGGAUGAGUCCGGCAGCCGGUUCAACGGGGGUAGCUGCCGGGAGCAGCUGCUGGCGGAGGUGUCGCGGCUGAUGGGGGAGUACAAGGAGGAGGAAGAGGUGAGCGUGACGCUGGCCGGGCACAGCAUGGGGAGCGCCUUGGCGGUGCUUCUGGGAUACGACCUGGUGGAACUGGGGUUGAACCGGAGAGCGGGGGAGCAGGUGCUGGUGACGGUCUACUCCUACGGUGGGCCGCGGGUGGGGAACGCCGGCUUCCGACGGCGGUGUGAGGAGCUGGGGCUCAAGGUGCUGCGGGUGGCCAACGCCAACGACCCGGUGACGAAGCUACCGGGAAUGUUCCUGAACGAGGGCUCAGCGAGUAAGCUGCCGUGGGGCGCCGGCGCCGGCGCGUACUACACUCACUUCGGGGUGGAGGUGGCGCUGGAUUUCUUCGACGUGUGGAAUUACCCGAUGUGCGUGCAUGACAUGGAAGCGUAUUUGAAUCUUCUCAAAUGCCCACAACUGAUGAUGGAGAAGAAGAAGAAGAAGAAGAAGAAGGUGGUGCAGGUGAAUAAUCCAUGGAGUGAUGGUGGCGUCCAUGGAGUGAUGGAGUUUUUCACGACAAUGGCGAGGAGGUUUUUGGAAGAGCCAAGGUUGGAUUUGAUAUUGUGGAGAUGGCUAGACGCCGCCAUGCAAGUAAGUAACAUGGUGCAGUCCCUAAAGAUAUAA